GCUAGUUGAAACUGUCCCCAAACAAACCACAUUAGAUUUUUUGGUUAGAAUUACAUCUUUGAUUUUCUUUAUAAUUUCAACAUUAAAUUUUAGUUGAUUUAUAAACUACAGGACAGGAAAUGAAGAAGUCAGCUCAACUGAGUCAGGAGCAGCUGAAAAAAUCCAUUUCAGCUAAACAAAACAAGGUUAAAUUAAAGAAUGUUUUGGCCAAUCCAUGCCCGGUGUUUUGGCCUCUCUUAUCCACAAAUGCAUUAUCUUCAUUUAAAAGUAUCCUAAAGACCAUAAUUUCAAAAGAUUCCACAGGAAGUUCAAGGACUAUUGUAAAUCGGAACUUCAUAAUUUACGGCCUCACGUGUGUCCAUCGAAAUUUAAAAGCAGGAAAGGUUGAUUCAUUGAUCCUUUCAACGAGUAUUCAGCCAAAAUUCGUCGCACAGCAGAUUAUUCAGCAAGCCCUCAACAGGAAGAAAGAUCUUAAGGUUAUUUGCAUUGAUAACUUAGAGGACACCCUCCGGGAGGUUGGAAUUGCAUCCACAGCUGUGGGACUGAUUAAUCAAUCCACCACAAAUGCCUUCACACCUCUACACAAUUUUAUUUCGAAAGAAUUUCAGCUGUUUCCUAUUCCGGAUGGAUUUAUUCAGGAUGAGAAGCUCAUGAGUGAGGUAAAGGCUGAGAGGAAUAAGCCCAAAUCCCUUCUUGAUCCCAAUUUUGUUCCAUCAUCGCUGUAUCUGCAUAAAAAUGUGUACAACAGGAAUAGAGUCUUUGUACCAGAUAUCCAGAGCAAUGCUGCUGCAGAAGAUCAUCAAAAAAUCAAAUCUUCCGGAAAUAUUAAAAUCAUCAAGGAGGAGAGUAGCCAUGAGGACAGUAGUUCAUCCGAGGAAAUGGAUACUGUGGAAAGCGAUAAAAACACAGGAAAGAAAAUAUCAGCAGCUGUAGCCAACAGUCUCACGAAUCUUUCAAUUUCCUCCAAAGCAAUUCAAAAGACUAAGAAAAAGAAGGAUAGAAAGCGCGCAAAGAAGCUGCAAAAGAUGACUCCUUAUCUCCCAUUGGUAAUCAAUAGGAUCCAUCCGAAUCCCAAGAAGAAGAAGAGAGCCAAAAAAUCCAAGAAAAUUAGCAAAUAAAGAGAAUUUUAUUUUGAAGCAAA